GAAGAGAACGUCAGUAGGGGUUAUUGUCUCAGAGAUAUAGGACAGAUACGAUAAAGCUAAGGAGAAGGAGAUAUUUAUAUACCAGAGCUGCUGGAAAGCGGUCGGUGUCAUGUUGGGCAGCGGAGACAAGACCAAGGCGGGACACAAGAACGGAGCAGCAGAACCUAAAUCAGAGCAACGUCUGAGGAAUUUAGGUGUCCAGGAUGAUGGAGAUGUACAGACCAUGCUGCAAGGCUCCACCAUGUUAAAGCUGCGUUCCCCUCGCUGGAAGAGGAAAUGCAUGCUAAAGCUGCAGGAUGAUGGCGUCACAGUGCGUUGUGAAUCCAAUGGUACCUUCAGCAAGACCAAAACCUUCUCGGUAAUGGAGGUGGAGUGUGUGCGUGAGGGCUGUCAGUCAGAGACCCUGCGCAAGCUAGCUGCCUCGGUCCCAGAGGAACAUUGCCUGACCAUCGUUUUUAAGGGAGAGCGGAAGAGUCUGGACUUACAGUGUCAAAAUACAGAGGAGGCACAGCACUGGGCCCGAGGGAUCUGCACUCUACAAGACCGGAUCAACAACAUGAGUCAUGUCGAGAAACUUGACCACUGGAUACAUGGCUACCUGAGGCAGGCAGAUUUAAACCAGGAUGGGAAGAUGACUUAUGAAGAAGUACAGACACUCCUCCAGAUGAUCAACAUCGAUCUUGAUGAGCAGUACGCCCUUAGAUUGUUCAAGAAUUGUGAUCGGUCAGCAGACAAUCGUCUAGACCACAGCGAGAUCGAGCUGUUUUGUCGUGAGCUGUUGCGGCGACCCGAGCUAGAUGCAGUGUUCAGGGACUAUUCCUCUAACAGCCGUGUGCUGUCGACGGUGGACCUGCGUGAAUUUUUAAAAGACCAGGGAGAAGACAACACCCUGAUCCAUGCACAGAGUCUCAUUCUAACUUAUGAACUCAACGAAUGGGCUCGGAAAAACCAACUCAUGACAGCCAAUGGUUUCACAAUGUACAUGCUGUCCAAGGAGAACGUUGUGUUUGAUCCAGAGCAUGGCAGAGUGUAUCAGGAUAUGAGCCGACCGCUCAGUCAUUACUUCAUCUCCUCUUCCCACAACACCUACCUUACCAGAGACCAGGUCAUGAGUGAGAGCAGUGCCGAGCCAUAUAUCCGAGCUCUGAGCAAUGGCUGCCGCUGUGUUGAGCUCGACUGUUGGGAUGGAGAUAGAGAACCGGUGAUUUAUCAUGGUCACACCCUGACUUCCAAAGUACCUUUCAGGGAGGUGGUGGAGGCCAUCGCUGAGUAUGCUUUUAAGGCCUCUCCUUACCCUCUGAUUCUGUCUCUGGAGAAUCACUGCUCAGUGGAACAGCAAGCAAUCAUGGCUCAGCAGCUGUGCUCUAUCUUAGGGGAUAAACUGCUCACUAAACCCCUUAACCAUCACCAGUGUGACAGCCUUCCCUCACCAGAGGAGCUGAAAGGAAAAAUCCUGAUAAAGGGAAAGAAGGAGCGAGUGGAGGAGCAGGAGAGCUCCAGUUCAUCUGAGUCUAGCUGUUCUGAAGACGAGAGUAAAGCCGAAGGCAAAGUCAAGGCAAAGAAAGAGAGCAAAAAGUGUACAUGUGCUUCUUCUCUGAAGGUUUCUAACCUGAGUCUAGAGCUGUCUGACCUGGUAGUGUACACUUGCAGCGUUCCUUUUAAAGGCUUUGAUCAGACAGCCAAGAGACCUGCUAAUGAGAUGUCCUCCUUCUCGGAAAGCAAGGCUCUAAAACAUAUCAAAAACUCAGGGAAGCUCUUUGUACGGCAUAACAGCUGGCAGUUGAGCAGGAUCUACCCGUCUGGUCAGCGCCUGCAGUCCUCCAACUACAACCCUCAGGACAUGUGGAAUGCCGGCUGCCAGAUUGUGGCGCUAAACUUCCAGACCCCCGGGGAGCAAAUGGAUCUAAAUCGGGGGCGUUUCUUACCCAAUGGAGGCUGUGGAUAUGUACUAAAGCCCAGCUUUCUGUGCCAACCUGACUCCGAGUUUAAUCCUGAAAACACUGCAGGCGGACCGGGACACAGCCCCACUCUUCUUAUUAUUAAGGUCAUCUCAGCCCAGCAGCUGCCUAAGCCACACACAGAGAAACUCAACUCUAUUGUAGACCCUAUGGUCUGGGUAGAGACUCAUGGGACUCCAAUAGACAACAACAAGAAAAAGACACACCGCAUUGACAACAACGGCUUUAACCCCAGAUGGGACUGUACCUUUAAGUUUCUGUUACACGUGCCAGAGCUGGUCCUAGUCCGGUUUGUAGUGGAGGAUCAUGAUUACACGGCACGAAAUGAAUUCCUGGGCCAAUUCAGUCUGCCAUUCACCAGCAUGCGCACAGGUUACAGACAUGUGCGGCUACUGAGAGCAGAUGGUUCAAGCCUCUCUCCUGCCAGCCUCUUCAUUCACGUCAUGGUCACACCCAAUUACAGCAGCCCCAAACACGUCGCCUCAGCCAAAGCCUAGCCAAACACAGGAAGUCUAAUCAUGGAGCACCCGGGCUACUGACUGAGUUAAAACGGUUGAUAUCGAUGUACAGUAAUAAUGACCUAAUGUAUAUGCUGUAAGUGUGUUAUUGUUUAUUUAUUAAUAAACAAUUAAAAUCGUACAAUAAUAUAGACAGAGCUGUAAUGCAAAUUAAUCACAGAGACCAAAUACAAAAGUAACUGAAUAUAAAUCAGGUUUAUCUCAAUAAAGUCAGGGUUUUUUUUUAGAUUCUUGCAUUGCCCCAGUAGAUGCAUUAGUUCAUUAGUGAAAAAAAAUAAAUAGGUUUAAUAUAUGUUUCAUAUAUUUUUAAAUGAUGAAGCAAUACUGUAGUUUUUUCUUUCUUUUUUUGUCAUGUUAUGUGGCAGUAGCUAUUAAUAGCCUUUAGGCUUCUCUUCCUAUGCAACUGAAAAACCUUUUGUUUAAACUGUCACUGUGCUUACAUUGAGAAGAAUGAUGUUUCAAGGUUUAGUGGUGCUUGUGGAUUGUGAAUGCAGCCUUUUCUCUCUUGAUUGUAGGAAGGGUUAUGCAUGUUGGCAAAUGGAGCAUGAAAAAACACUAAAAUGCUAAAAAUGUACCGUCCAGUACAAACGUUUCACGUCUGACAUGAACUACAGUAUGUGUUUUACUUUAAAUACCUGCUAAAGUAUUCUUCAGGUAAGAUAAAGAAUGGGUUUUUGACAUGACAUUAUGAUCCACAUCAUUCAUUUUUAUUCCUGUCUGUUCCUCUUAUUUAUUUGAUUAUAAAUUUAAGCUGUUGUCUUUUGCUUUUGUGUACAUUUUUAAUAAUUGAUGGCGUAUUUGAACCAUCUACAUAAAUACUAGAACACUGACAACCAUUAUAAAACAGUAUUCCACAUGCACACAUAUUAACACAACCUCACAAUUAUUAUUCAGUAUGUUUUAUUUUGUACAUCAUAUUCUUUUGUACAAAAUUGUACAUUUAAUUGUACAAAUUCACAUACUUAAAAUGUGUUUUAGUCAGCUUAGGUUUUCCUCCUAUACAAGUCUGACGGUUUUAAAUUUGUAAUGUGAUAUUUUAUUUCUUUAUAUGUACUGUAUGUAUACCUUUUAGUAUACAGUUUAGGAUCAUUUAUUACUAUUCAAUGUUAUAUUACGUUCUUUUUGUAUAACAAUGCCAUUGCUUUAAUGCCUUGUUGAACAGGUCUGUUGAAGUUAGAAACUAUUAAUUCUUGUCCUAGCAAACACAAAUAGUAUGAAGAAAUGGAAACCCUUACUGUUACUUGAAAAAUAUGACAGACAUGGUAAAUAAAAAUAAGGAUAUAAUAUAUAUAUAUAUAUUUGCACUGUUAAACAAGCCAUACAGUAAUCUUUGUGAGAUGUACAUUAUAACCAUCAUUAAGGCUAUGAAUUUUUCAUGUACCGUAUUUUUUAUUUACAGUAUUGCCAAAAUUGUUAAUGUGUAAUCUCCCAAUAAACACUUUUUUUGUUAAAUGGAACUGGAGAAUUGUCUCUGAAUGAGUUUAUGACAGUGGAGCCCUCUAAUGGUAGAUGUUGGGAAGUUACACAGGACAAUGUAACCCCAUCUACUGAUUUCCAAAGUUGUCCUAGCAAUUAAUUUUAUUAAUU